AUGGAGGUGGAAGUGGUGGAAGUGGUGGAAGAAGAUGGAAUGAGAGUGAGGUUGGUGAUGGUAACAGAAUUGAGGAAAGGCCACGUGGUGUUCUUUUUGGAUAACGCACGGGUUACGCGUGUGGCUCAUUUUGAACCGGGUCUGUUUUCCGGAGCAAUUGGCGGUAACGGAUUUUCAAACGAUCUUUCAAGCGGGAGAAAUAUACUCAAGCUGUCUGCGUUUAUCAUACGCUAUGCUUCUUUUAAGUGA